UCAGUGCAGCGAGUGACAGGUGAGCGAGCGCAGUGCCAGAUGCACCCCCGGGACAGCGCCAUAUUUCCCUUAACUGCUGAGUGCUAGCGGUCACUAACAAGGGGCAAAGGCCGUGUGAGUGGAAGGGCGAAUGAGCGUGGCACUAUGCUGCUGCGUCUGAGGCUGCUGGGGCAGGCCGUGUUCCUGCUGGUGGUGGCGGCCAGCCUGAUCCUCCUGUUCGCGGGGCGCGAGCUCAGGCCGGGCCCCGGGGACGCGUCCCCCGUGGCAGGACGCCCGGGGCCGGGCCAGCAGGGGCGGGGCCAGGGCGGGGGGCAGCAGGGGCCGGAGGCGGGGGACAAGGAGGAGGAGUCCAACCUGCCGCCGCAGGAGGCCGUUCCGCUGAGCUCGCAGGAGAACGACCUCCUGUACAGGCCGCCCCUGGACAUCGCCCUCAUCUUCACCCACGCCAAGGACAACGCGCCCUUCCAGUACAAGCUCCGCGUUGCAGUGGGGUCGCUGCUGCAGGCGGCGUCGGCUCCCCUGCGCCUGCACCUCAUCACGGACGCCGACGGCUUCCACAUCGCCUCGCAGGUCAUCGCCGACGUGCAGGCGGGCAGUCAGCUGGACUCCAGAUACGUCAAGCUGGUGUACGUAGCAGCAGAGGAUUUCAUCCCCGAAAUCGAGAGCUCGGUAACUGUCCUGCAGGACUUCUUCACCACAAGGAGGGACGCCUACUACCGAGAUGCGCUGUUUUUCUUUUCUCUCUUCUUGCACAGACUCCUGCCGGGCUUGGAGCGGAUCAUGCUCAUGGAUAUAGAUAUUAAGGUGAAGGGAGACAUCGCUGAGCUGUACUCCCACUUUGAACGCUUCAGCCCAACCAACAUAAUAGGGAUGGCCCUAGAGCAGUCUCCUGUGUACCUCCACCUCCUCUCACUCUAUCGUCGCAGCAACCCUAAAACGACCCUGGGUAGUCCACCGGGCCAGGGUGGCUUCCCAGGCUACAACAGCGGCAUCGUUCUGGUCGACAUCGAGAGGCUCAGGAACUCCAAGAUCAUUAGCAGAUACUUGUCUCGAUCAACACUCACGGAGAAGACAAAACAGUAUAGCUUCCAGGGCCACUUGGGGGAUCAGGACUUGUACACGCUUAUUGCCUUCGACCACCCUGAGCUCUUCUACACUCUCCCCUGUGGCUGGAACCGACAGCUGUGCGAGUGGUGGAGGGGGCAUGGGUACCAGACAGUGUUCGACCAGUAUUUCAACUGCACAGGCGAGCUCAAGAUCAUACAUGGGAACUGCAAAACCGAAAUUCCAGAAAACUUGUGAUAUUGUCCAUGCCCUCCACUGGUAUGGGACCAGCAUUGUUGUCAGUUGUUAGCUUUUACAUACCUCAGCAAAGGAAAUUGGGUAAAACAUUCCUAUCAUAAGUUAUUGAUGUAAACCUUCAUAUUGGAAAAUCUUACCAAAUGUGUAGGCAGUCCUUCCACAAUAUCAUAAAUGUUUUUAUACGACCUUUCUUAAAAAAAAACACAUAAACACAACAAAGGUAAGAGAGUGGUCCUCUGUUAGUAGCUUUCUGCUGUGAUAAUUCUUUGUUCCCUACCUGUGCUGUGAUCUCUGGUAAAGGAAGAUGGAAAAGAUCUUUUUAUAUAUUGCAUCGGCUUUUUAUAAAUUGUAUGGAACGGUAAUGUAACCAAGGACAUGCGAAAUAGUGUGGCAUUAAUAAUAGGUGUGAGCUGUGGAUGGGAAAGCAAUGGGGUUUGCUUUUUUGUUUUUCUGAAAGUUAUAUAUAUAAAGUUUAAAGAUUCUUCGGCAAAAACAAUUUUUACCUCAAUUUUGUACAAUUUGAAAUAACAGUUUACACCUGUUGGUUGCUAAGUAGGCAAUUGCAUUGUAUUGUGGGGAGGUGUAAACAAAAGUUUUGAUACUGUUAUUUUCAUUAUCAUUCUAGUUAAAUAUUACUGAAUUGCCUGGGCAUAAAAAAGUGUAACUUUGAAAACAUACUUUUCUAUUUUUAUCAAUGCCAUUUGUCAUAUUUAAAGGCUGUGAGUUGUGUUCAAGGCAAUGAAUAAUCUAACAAGAAAACAAGUAAAUGUUCGGUUUGUCUGUCUGAUGCUCUUUUGUCCCUCUUGCCUUGUUUGGUUAUCUGGUUGCUUGUUUAUUUAAAUUUUUGUGCAUUUGUCUGUAUGCCUACACCUAUGAUCUUGCUCUCUCUCUCUGUGUGUGUGUGUGUGUGUGUGUGUGUGUGUGUGUCAGUGAGUGAGUGAGUGAGUGAGUGAGUGAGUGAGUGAGAGAGAGCGAGAGAGCGAGAGAGCGAGUGAGCGAGAGAACGAGCGAGCGAGCGAGCGAGCGCUGAAGGCCUCUUUCUAUGCAUACAUGUAUAUUUUUAUAUGUUUGCACAAGAAAGCCUAAAGGAUGACUAAGCAAAGUAUAGAAUUUAUGUGAAAGCGAUGCAUGAGAGUGCAUUGCAGUUGUUUUUAAGAAGUGCAGUUUAUAGUUAAAGCCUCCUUGUGCAGAGACAGUUGUUAUCAUGUAUACUUACACUAUGCUUAUGGUAGGUUAUAUAUAUACAUGUAUAUAUGAAUCUAUGCAUAAUGUUUAUUUCACUGUAGUUUCCAAGUUGGGACUUUAAAAGAAAUAUGGGUGCGUAGGUAAACAUAAAUGAGCAUAUAUAUCCAUAUGUGAUUGCAUGUGUAGAGAUAAGGUGAACUCUUCCAGACCUCAGUGAAUGAAUGCAUAGGUAAACAGAUAUGAAUACAUAUUUAAAGACAAUAUAAAGUUGUAUACAUUCAAAUUUAAACGUGUACAGAUGUAUGUACAUAUUGACAUUCAUACACAUAUGUAUACAUGCAAUUACAUGUGCACACACACACAUGUGCAUAUGCAUAUGUGCGUGUGACUUACUUGGCUUGUAAAUUAGUAAUAUUUUUUUUAAGUAGACUGUGUGUUAUGUAUUUUUUCUAAAUGAAAAAAAGAGAACAAAAUGAUAAUGGAAAGAAUCAUGAAUAUGUACAAAUUUUUGUAUGUAAAACAAGGUUUUGCAUAAUCUUAGGUAUUGAUUCAUGCACAUCUGCAUGACUGUGUUGUGCAGGCAGGUCUCUUUUAUAAGUGGAAGGUAAAUCUCAACAGUUUGUGGAAUCAGAAUGGUAGAUAGCAGCUAGCUAUUGCAAUUGACAAUGAAAAGGCACAUAGUAAAAAAUAAUUGCUGAACAGAUAGCUAAAAUACAAUAGCCAUCAGUUCCCCUCAAAAUUUGCUUAUAUUAAAAAAGAAUAAAGUGUCGGGAGUUUGGUAUCCAAGUAGGAUCUGAGGAAUGAUAUUUUUAGUAGUAUGGAUGGUAGUGCAGGAUUAUUUAUUCUUGUUUAUUUUACUUGUUUUUUCUUUUUUUAUGUUCCUUUUUUUUUUUUACUGUGGAGGUAAUUUUCUACUAGAGAUCUAUUUCUCAUAAGCACUGAUAAUUAUGCAUCCCCCUGCCCCCCCCAUGUUUCUUGCAGGUCAGUAUGAUAUUCAAUUUGUGUAGUCGUUUACUCUUUCAUUGACUGUAAUUUCCUGUAUAUGUUGAUGUAGACGGUAAUGUGGACGUGGUUGUCCAUGGAUGCUUUUGAUACUUCCUACGUUGUGUGAGGGUUUUUCUUUGUCAGAGUAAGUUGCCGAUGGGGCUCAUGCCUCCCAGUUUGGAGCAUAUUUUACCUGUAAUUCAGGUAAGAGAUAUUGAAUUAUGAUAUACUGUGCUGUAUGUAUAGGUACAUAUAUGUAUAUGUGUGUAGACAUAUAUAUUUGUAAUUUUUUAUACCAGUGAACUUGACAAAAUUAUCUGGCAUUGGAUGAAAUCACAUAAUGGAUUAUGUGCUGCUCAUAUCCUGAAUACUGUGGCAGUUGUAUCGUUUCACUUGAAAUAUUGUUCAAGCAUAUUACUGGAAGCGAGAGCAAUUUUCACAGAGUCAAAGUUUUCUUUGAUAGAAUGAUCAUUAGUAUUGCAGUCUUAUCCGGUGAAGUCUGAUUUCAUAUUAUAUCUUUUAUCCUGGUUAUCUUCACAGCGUCAAGUUUUAUCUGAGGUUACUAAGGGCUGCGGAUAUUCAAAGUCAUAAGAAAUUCUAAGCUUAAUGAUUUAAGUAACUAAAUUCUCUUAAUUUUUUUUAAUGCCAGUUAGUGACCUUGUCAGAAUUAUCUGGUAUUGAAUAAAAUCACGUAAUGGAUUGCACUGCUGAGUACUGUGGCAGUUUGAGAAUUUAGUCUUUAUGGUAUUAUUUCAGUUGAAAUAUUGUGUCAGAAGGUUAAGAGACUUAGAAGUAAUAGACUUUUCUUUGAUGAAAUGAUCAUCAGUAGUUUUUCUUCAAAGAUACUAUUAUUUUAUAUACAUUUUUAUUUCAUUGUUUCUAAAGUAUUUACACUUUUCAGUCAUAUGAUUCUCAUAGAAAUACUUUUAGAAUGUCAUUCCAAUGCUGCAUACUUUUUUGCUGAGCGAUAUAGAAUCUUCAGUGCUAGUGUUGAAUAAUUUUAGUUUUGUUUUAGAACUGGUCAGUUUGUUUAUCUGUCUAUUAUAUCAGGUGGUGGAUUUUUUUCUUUCUUUAUAAUAAAUAUAGGGAAUUUUUUUUCUAGAUAUACAGUAUCUACUUAGAAUAUGCAUGCGUAACCAUUUCCGAAGAGGCAUUCUGGCCUUAAUAAAGCUAAGUUAAUAAUAGCACAGAUAUUGAUGGUCAGAAUCAAAGGCAAGGGAUCAAGGAGUGAGGAGCUGUUGCUUGCAAAAAACAUAAUUUAUUGGCAAACCCAAAAGAGGCCUUCUCUUUAGCCUCCUCUUCCUCCUUUCAAGAUUCGAGGGAGGCACUUUGACUGCCUGCUGAGUGAGAGUAGCCUUGUUUGCUCAGUUUAAUUGAGGAUGAAUGCACCUCUUGCAAAAUUGGUCAUGUUAAAGAGAAUGUAGGAUGUUAUCGAUAAAUGGAGGUUCCAGUGCUUUGUUGGUUAAGUCAAAGGAAUGUGAAGGUAUUGAGAGGUUUCCAGAAAUAUUUUAUAAGGAGUCAUGAAUAUUUUUAUUCAUGUUAAAACCGAGUAUUGGUAAAGAACAUUAGGCAUUUACUUAAACACAUUCUAGAGCAUAUUUUGGAGAAUCUGUUCUAUAUUUCUGAUAUUGAGUUUAUAUAUAUAUAGAUCUAUUUUUUUUUUUUUUUUUUUUUUUUUUUUUUUUUUUGUAACAUCAAGACAAAUCAAUGCAGAUUGAAUGCAAGUGUGAAGACCUACUAUGAAACAUUAGAUAAUGUAUUGCUGUAUAGUAAUCCAAGAAUGAUUUUGUAGCACGAGGACUACAGCAGAUUAUAUACAAGUUUCUUGCCAGUAUCUGUCACAUGAAAUGAAAAAAAAAAAAAGAAAGUAUUUGUCAGUUAUUGGUAACUCCUGAGACUGUUAUACGAAAGAACAGUUCUUGGCCGUAAAUCCAACUAGUCAAGGUAGCUUUAGUCUUCCCUACUUUUAACUAGUUCAUGUCUGAUGGCACUGGGAGGCAGUGAAGGAAUUAAAUUAUUUAUGAUA